UUCUCCAUUCAAACGGACUGACGGUGUCUAGAGUACAGGGACAGGGACUAUAGAGUACAGGGACAGCACCAGUUCUGAGAUGGUUUUGGGAAAGACAAAGGAUAUUGUGUCGGUAUUCCGAGAGCUGGCGAAACAAGCUCAGCCAACUUCAGCAACAUUUAGCAAUCAAUCUACAGGGGAUACACUCGUUGUGAACACAAAAUGGUCUCAGAGGGACUUACAGAAGGGAGAGAAAACAUCUUUCUCUAAAACAUACAUCAUGUCUCCAGAUGGUCCGUCUGGUCUGCAUGUUGUCAUGGCAACACCCCCACAGGAAUUCUCAAAUGUACUAUGGAACCGUGAGUCUCCGUCUGGUCGACUCAGAGCUGUUGUCUGUAAAGUGAAGAACAAGAAAGGCAAGGAGAAGCAAUACUUUGAGAUAUGGAACUCAAGUCGAAAGGUGAAGACCUUUGAUAUACAGAGUUGUGAAAAACAUGGGAAGGUUUAUGAAGCAGAUGGUCAGUUUGGUUGUCUUGAGUGGUCUCCCUCUGAAAGGUACUUGGUGUAUAUUGCUGAGAAGAAGGUCCCCAAGACUGGCAGCUUUUUCCAGGAAGAUAAGCAGCCUGCUGAUGACGGUGCUAAGAAGGAAGAGAUUAUACAAGGCGAUGAACAUGCAUUCCGAGAAGACUGGGGGGAACAGCUAGUGGACAAGCAUCAUCCUGUGCCGUGUGUAAUUGAUGUGAGGUCGGGUGACGUCACAGUCCUGGACAUCAUUCCGGGGGAUAUAUCUGCUGGACAGGCAAGUUGGGCCAGUGACGACACAGGCGUGGUGUUUGUAGGCUGGAACCAUGAACCAUGGCGGCUUGGACUGAUAUACUGCAUCCAGAGGAGGAGUAGAAUUUACUUUGUUGAUGUAAAGAACACAGAAUGUUUGGCACUGAGUGAGGAGAAUCGGUCAGUGCGGAGUCCACGUUUCAACCAGGAUCGAUCAAGACUGGUGUAUCUGGACAACCCAGCCAGAGGAGGACACAGCCAGUGUUCACGGCUCAUGGUGUAUGAUUGGAACACGAAGAAAACAAGCGUAGUUCAGGACAUAGUAGAGUCUGCUAAAGGGGAUGACUUUCAAGGUAUCUUCACUGGCAAUCUUCCGAGACGAGGGUGGUUACCUGGAGGGAGUCAGAUAGUGCUGACAACAUUCUGGAGGAGUAGACAGGUGCCAGUUGUCAUUGACAUCAACUCAAAAACAUUGAAGAAACUUGAUACAGCGCCACACACAGGUUCCAGUGUUGUGUUGGACGUGUGGAACAACCAUGUGAUACUCCAGUCAUCUGCCCCCGACCAGAUGCCGUACCUUAUGGUGGGUAAACUGGAUUCAACUGAAACAAAAUGGCUGACUAUAGAGGCUGAAGAGACUAAGAUCGAUGGACUUGACUGGAAGAUUAUCCAGCAUCAACCAUCCCAGGAUAGAGUCCAUGUCAAAUACAGUGAGCAGUUACAGACAAACACGUGUCAUUGGGAAACCUCAGUGACCUGGACUACGAGAGUGUGUUGUGCAUGCCGACAUCCAGUUCCCUCCCAGCAGACCACAAGCCCCCCUCUCAUUGUCUUUCCUCAUGGUGGACCCCACACAACGUUUGACUGCCAGUACCAGACAUACACUGCAGGCUUCUGUCUGUGUGGAUAUGCUGUUCUCAUGGUGAACUACCGCGGCUCUGUUGGGUUUGGUCAGAACAGUGUUGACUCUCUCCUUGGAAAUGUUGGGGAUCAAGAUGUGAAAGAUGUCUGGGCUGCAGCCACGUCUGUGAUUGAGAUGGGUGUGGUGGACUCGGAGAGUUUGCUUGUAUUCGGUGGUUCACACGGAGGCUUCCUGACAACACAUCUGAUAGGCCAGUAUCCGACCAAAUUUAAGAGUGCAGCAUGCAGGAAUCCUGUGAUUGAUUUAACCACAAUGUAUGGGGUGACUGAUAUUCCUGACUGGGUGUUUGAAGAGAUUGGCCAGCAGUUUGAGUUCACCUCACUGUCAAGCGCUGAGAUCCUUGGGGAGCUGUGGAAGAGGUCUCCCCUCAGUUAUGUCAGCCAGGUGACAACCCCGAUUCUGCUGAUGAUCGGAAAGGACGAUCUCCGUGUGCCCACCACACAGGCACGACAGUACUACCGCUGUCUUAAAGCCAGGAACAGAACUGUCAGAUUCCUGGCAUACGAAGACAACUCCCAUCCCAUCAUCACCGUCCCAGCCGAGUCUGAUGCCUUCGUGAACAUAAUGUUAUGGUUUGCCGAGCACAUGGAAGUAUGAGGGAACUAGCUGUUGCCUUGGACAUUGUAAUCAGAAUUAUGAUGCAGCCAUCUGUACCUCAGUGUCAUGUAACCAGAAUGCCUCAUUACUCUGUUAUAUGAUGAUAUUUACCAAUGGAUAGGACAUGGAUCAUUGCAUAGGAAUCUUUCUCAUUGAUCUGUUCUGACCAUGUUCUGUUCACAUUUAUGCAGAAAACAACUUAGAAAUGCCAAUUUUAUAGUAUCACUGUAAUAUUCAGGGCCAAUAGUUUUGAAGCUCUCUUAGAGCUAAUAUAGUCGUAAGUUAAUGUUAAUGUAUGGCACUUAUGGCCAUCUUCGCGCUAAGAGAGCGAAUGAAAAUCUAGGUCCAGGUUCACACUGUACUCAUUGUCAAGUUCCAUCUGUGACCUGCCUGUUGAGGAGACAAGGGAUGACAUCAUGAGUCAGGUUGUUGUGGCACUCGUCAGCUCAACUGACCACCUGCUCCAUUUAGUUUCUAAGGACAAACCUAGAUUACAUGGGGUACAUUCUACUCUCAAGCCUGUUUUGCCAUCACCAAUGGGGAGUGGACCUGGGAAUGGUUGAGUUAUAAACUGAUAUUUUAACAACUCCAGACAGAAAUGUAGAGCAAAAGCCGCUUGUCAUAAAUUGAAACUUAAUGUAUUUUUGGUUUGAAACGAAAAGGAGCAUCUUUGACAAGCAGACAGUUUUACGUGAUGAUUUGCGGUUGAUCAAAACAUUACAACUAUUAUGCUAGAACAUGUAGAAGGAAUCAGUUUUAAUUUUAAUUGAGCUGUUGUUUACUCAUUUUACUUUUCCUAUAUAUGACUAAAGUUCCAAUUAUUCCAGUUUGAAAAAUCCAAAUUUCUAAUCUAACCAGAUUCUUUCACAGAUUUUCUCUCCACUUGAGAGAAAUUUCAUCAUGUUCUACAGAUUACAUAUGCACUUGUAUAGUUUUGUGCAAGGGCUGAUUAUAACCAGUGUAUUGCUCCAUGUGAUGUGUUUAUGUGAAUGAUUCUAGCUCUUGAGGUGAACUGAGAAAUGAAAUCCAUGUCCUUGUGUUAUGCCAUUUAUAUGGUGUGUGACAGGUAACAAAUACAUAACAGCAUCAGUUGGUAGAAAUAUGUUGUUACGUAUGGACAGUUACAGAUCUCAGUGCCUGUUACCUCCACAUUGAAAGCAGGUUUAGAUCACAGGACAGUGCCAGCACUACAAUUUUCACAACGUUAUAGGUAUAGGUACGGCCCUUGGACAUUCCCUCGGGAAAACAUCCUUACUUCUUAAUAAUGCCCGCGGGCCAUGUUUUAUCGCUCUUAUAAACCAACUGAAGAUAUACUUUAGAUAUAAUUUUAAUAUUUGGUAUUUACUGUUGAAAUCAACUGGGAUGAGACUGGCAGCCAACACCUUGCCUUGCACGUACAAUGCACUCACU